UCAAUGUAUUAUUUACUGUAGCUAAGAGACUUUUUCAGUGUUCAGUUUUGUGUUGGUCCAUCUUAUUCUUCUUUCUACUUCAUGGCAACAGAGGCUAAUGAGAGUACACAGAUGAACACCCUUGUAGUUAGAAAAGGGUGUUUUGGUCUCCCCACCGGUUGCCCUCAAUGCUUAUCCGCCUAUAUUUUUCUCAAGUUCUCUCAAGUUCCCUUCAACUUGGAUUAUCACCCUAACUACCCUGAUUCUGAUCAGAUUCCCUACUUUGAGACGGGAGAUUGUGUGACAUACAAUAAUGAGAAGGAGGGGAUAAUUGAGAGCUUGAAAAGGGAUGUUGGUGAUUUAGAUAGUGGUAUUUCUUCUCUCCCUGAUUGGAUGGCAACCAAAGUGUUGCUCACCACAUGGCUUGCUGAUGCACUGGAGUAUGAACUGUGGGUGGGAUGUAGUGGUUCCUCUGCUAAUAAGAUCUAUUAUUCUGAUCUUCCCUGGCCUAUAGGGCGGAUCCUCUAUUGGAAGAAAGCUCUUUGGGUGAUGCAGAAACAUGGGAUAAGUAAAGAAAAUGCUGAAAAGAAGGAAGAAGAGAUUUAUGGGAGAGCAAACUCUGCAUAUGAUGCUCUGUCAACUUUGUUAGGGGAGCAAAACUACCUUUUCGAAAAUAGGCCAUCAAGCUUGGAUGCUAUUUUUCUUGCUCAUGCAUUAGUUAUUCUUCAAGCUUUACCCGAAUCAUCAAUUUUGCGGGUCAACUUUUUGGAACAUACCAUUUUGGUGAAAUAUGUGCAGCAAUGCAAUACAAAAAUUAUAGAAACUAGUGCUUUGCCUUCCAAUUAUCCAGAUUUUCAUGCAGAACCAUCAUCAUCAGCUUCUAAAGGUCGUUCAACUUCAGGUAAGAUAUUUUUAGGAUUUAUUUCAUGGAUUUCCUUGAAAAGUGUAACUACUGCAUAUUUCUUUUCCUUUCGUGUUAAAUGACGAGCACACUCAUCUCUCUCUC